AUGGCCUUCAAUUUCAACUGGUCUCCGCUCAUCGGCGACACGUCGCGCGCCCGCGACAUGCUCACUGCCGCCCUGAACAAGUCUCCAAAGCCGCCAAUCAUCGUUGACGACAUCAUCGUCAAUGAGCUGAACCUGGGCUCGGUCCCCCCCGAGCUCGAAAUUCUCGAGAUUGGCGAUCUGGCUGAAGACCGUUUCCGCGGCAUCUUCAAAAUGUCCUACACAGGCGAUGCCUAUCUUACUCUAAAGACCCGUGUCCAGGCGAACCCCCUCAACACGUCGCUGUCCACCAAGCCCGCCUUUGCCUCUCCUCAGCCCUUGGCCGCUGCCUCGGGCCUCACCAUCCCCAUUCAAAUCACCCUUUCCGACAUCCGUCUAUCAGGCUUCGUCAUUCUCGUCUUUUCACGCCAAAAGGGCAUCACCCUCGUCUUCCGCAACGAUCCUCUCGAGUCCCUCAAGGUCUCUUCCACCUUCGAUUCCAUCCCCUUUGUCCGCAACUAUCUACAGAAAGAGAUUGAAGCUCAAUUGCGUGUCUUGUUCAUGGACGAUCUCCCAGCCAUCAUCCACCGUCUCUCUCUACGUGCAUUCGUGCCUGAAUAUCGACAAGCACAAGACGAUGAGGCCAAGGACCCUGUGCAAGCUUCAGAGCGCCCCAUCGACCCUCUCGCCAGUCCGCCGCAAGAUCCUGUUGAUUCAUGGGCUGACGGCUUCGAUCCCUCUCCCUUCUCUCUGGACUCGUCUUCCGAGACGUACGCCUCGUUUUCUCAGAAGAACCUCCUCCGCCUUGCUGCUCUGAGCGAAUCACAACAAACCCUCUCCCUCUUUACUCCUGCCAUCCGUGACACCGUCUUCCGGGCUUGGGCCAGUUCCAAGGAAUCUCAGGACUCUUCGACCGUUGCCACGCCACUUGCUCGUCCGAACCCUUUGUCCCGCAUACAUUCGUCUAUCGGGACACCCAAGUCUUGGUCCUCUGCGUCGUCUGAUGUUUCGGACGCACCUACACACUCUAGUAGACCCUCUCUUGCCAGUCAGUCUACGUCGUCAACAGUCUACUCGAUGGGCACUAGCAGAUCAAGGGCGCAUGCUGCAAAGAAGAGAAAGAACAGGGUCGUCAAUCUGCGCAAGACUGCCCCUGACGAAAACUCCGAUGAAGCUGAUAGUGUCACGAGUAACGUCAGCGAAGAAGCACCCGCCCCUAGCAUCACACUCACUGAACCUCCCCAAUCUCCUCGCCGUGUUGCAAAACCUGAACUCGAGUCCGUGCAGAAGACGCCGACAUCGCAUGUUCGCUUCUCUGCCUCACAGGAUCCAUCGAAACCGGCUUCUGGCAACCAGACUCCCACUCCUUCGCCGAAACCACAACGACCUGCCUUAUCCGCUGUUCAGGCUCAGCCUGUCUCCAGAGGAGACAAGAAGAGGGCGGAAUUUGCAGACCGCUCCUCUUCAGCCUCGCGUUUGCGCUUCAACUCCGAGGGCUCUACUGGUGGUAUUCUAGAGCAAGCUUGGAUGAUGAAGAUGGCUGCCGAGGUGACUCGUCGCGUCCAGGAAGAGAAGGCCACGGGCAGCGGCUUUUGGCACCAACACGAGGAGCCCGAACACCCACCACCAGCUUAUGCUGCAUGA